GGCCUCGGAGCCGGCCUGCGCCUCCCUCCGCUCCGGCGGGCCUCGGGGAGAGGGGUGGAAGAUGUCUAUGGAUGUGACCUUUCUUGGGACAGGAGCAGCGUAUCCAUCGCCGACCCGGGGCGCCUCUGCGGUGGUUCUCCGGUGUGAGGGCGAGUGCUGGCUCUUUGACUGUGGGGAGGGAACACAGACCCAGCUUAUGAAAAGCCAGCUUAAAGCAGGGAGAAUUACCAAGAUCUUCAUCACACAUCUCCAUGGAGACCACUUCUUUGGCCUUCCAGGCCUCCUCUGUACCAUCAGCUUGCAGAGUGGCUCUGUGGUCACUAGGCAGCCUAUUGAAAUCUACGGCCCUGUCGGGCUUCGGGACUUUAUCUGGAGAACCAUGGAGCUCUCUCACACGGAGUUGGUUUUUCCUUACGUGGUUCAUGAGCUAGUUCCUACAGCUGACCAGUGUCCUGUGGAAGAACUAAGAGAAUUUGCACAUGUGGAUGAAGCAGACAGCUCUCCCAAAGGACAAGGACGAACUAUCUUGCUAGAUGCAGAAGAAAACUCAUACUGUCUGGUUGAUGACGAACAGUUUGUGGUAAAAGCAUUUCGCCUCUUUCAUAGAAUUCCAUCUUUUGGCUUUUCAGUCGUGGAAAAGAAGCGUGCUGGAAAACUCAAUGCACAGAAGCUGAGAGAUCUGGGUGUGCCACCAGGUCCUGCCUAUGGGAAGCUGAAAAAUGGAAUUUCUGUUGUUUUGGACAAUGGAGUUACAAUUUCUCCCCAAGAUGUCUUAAAAAAGCCUAUGGUUGGAAGAAAAAUCUGCAUCCUGGGUGACUGUUCUGGGGUUGUGGGGGAUGGGGGAGUGAAGCUGUGCUUUGAAGCAGACCUGUUGAUCCACGAGGCCACUCUGGAUGAUUCCCAGAUGGACAAGGCGAAAGAGCAUGGCCACAGCACACCACAGAUGGCAGCGGCAUUUGCAAAGCUGUGCCAUGCAAAGAGGCUAGUUCUGACUCACUUCAGUCAGAGGUACAAACCAACCACCUUAGCUAGAGAAGGGGGGACAGAUGGCAUCGCAGAACUGAAGAAGCAAGCCGAGUCCGUGUUAGAGCUCCAGGAAGUGACUCUAGCAGAGGAUUUUAUGGUGAUUGGCAUUCCCAUCAAGAAGUGAAAACCACGCUCCUGAAUGCAUAAAUGUGAACAUGGUAUGGAUGUAUCACCAGACCUGCACUACAGAUUUUUUUGUUGUUGGUUUUGAGUGAUUUUUUUUUCUUAAAAUUACUUUGGCCGUAAUAAUCCUAAAGGUGGAGUUGGAUUGCUGAGCUGACUCAGUAGUGAGAGGGAACAAGAUUUUCAAUGAUGAGUCAUUUUUAAAAGAUGAAAAAACUUAAAUGAUUUAAAUUUUAAAUAUGAAAAAUCCUUCCUAAAGUGCAGAUGUGACAAAGUAAUCCAUUGUGCAGGGUACUUAUUUUGUGGCUAUUGCUACAGCUAGAGUUCAACACUCUGUGCAGUGUUGGAUAUAGCUUUGCCCAGCUUAGCUGCCAUUACUGGGUCUCUUGGCUACAAAAACAGUAGCAGGAUUUGUGUAGAAUUUGUGUUCCUGACACAGAGAUAAACGUAUGGGGCAACGCACAUGCAAUAUUGAUAACGUGGUAGUGUUUCACUGAAACAGUCAGUGCAGCUUUGGACUAAGUUUUAUCUUAUGGCAUUUUCUUCAACAUUCUGGUUUCUUUCAACACACGGUCCUGGGUAGUUUACUGCGAAUUAGAUACAUUGGGAUUGUUUUUCCUGUUUCCUCCAUCGCUACAGAGGGGAGAUGGUGACAGCACAGUAGUUUAGUCAGUGGGGGUCAGGAACACCAUCUAUGCUGCACAGUUUGCGCUAGUACUAAAUAAUAAUUACCUCAAAGUUCUAGGCCUGUUCAGAGACACAAAUUAAAACCUUUAUUCCCAAUGUGAAUAUUCUCUGCCAAAGUUAAUAAUAUAAUGAUUGCAUUAAUAGAUGAGCCAACUCCUCCAAUAGGAGGUAAAGGAUGUGCAUGUUAGAAUUAGAUGCCACAUCAGGUAUUAUUUGGAAAAAUGAGUCAUCUAGUGAUUCUUAUAGAUGUGGUGAGAGGCAGUCACCUCCACCCCAGGGAGAGCCUGCCUCAGGCCUAGUGGUCUCGUAGCUGCAGCAGCUGCCUCUGCUUCCAGAGACUAAGAUAGGAGGUCAGAGUGGACCUGACGCUGCCUUGCUAAGCUGCCUGGGUGAUUCUGAAAGACAUGGGUACUGAACUAGCCUAGGAGAAAAAAAAUUGUCGU